CCUCCACCUCCACUCCUCACUCCUCUCCCCCACCUCCCCCUCCUCCUUCUCCUCCUCCUGCCCGUCGUCUUUUAGUUUCAUGAAGUUCCCCGCCAUCGGUGAUGUGAUGAAUAAGUUUGAAGUCCUUGGGAUCGUAGGUGAAGGAGCCUAUGGGGUGGUCCUGAAGUGCAGACACAAGGAGACCAAUGAAAUCGUGGCAAUUAAGAAGUUCAAGGACAGCGAAGAGAAUGAGGAGGUCAAGGAGACCACGCUGCGGGAGCUGAAGAUGCUCCGCACGUUGAAGCAGGAGAACAUCGUGGAGCUGAAGGAGGCGUUCCGCCGCCGGGGGAAGCUCUACCUCGUCUUCGAGUAUGUGGAGAAGAACAUGCUGGAGCUGCUGGAGGAGCUGCCCAACGGAGUGCCCUCGGAGAAGGUCCGCAGCUACAUCUACCAGCUGAUCAAGGCCAUCCACUGGUGCCACAAGAACGACAUCGUCCACAGGGAUAUCAAACCGGAGAACCUCCUCAUCAGCUCUGAAGACGUCCUCAAACUCUGUGACUUUGGCUUCGCCCGGAACCUGUCCGAGGGAACCGACGCCAACUACACGGAGUACGUGGCCACUCGCUGGUACCGCUCCCCGGAGCUGCUGCUGGGCGCCCCCUACGGGAAGGCGGUGGACAUGUGGUCUGUGGGCUGCAUCCUGGGGGAGCUGAGCGACGGCCAGCCGCUGUUCCCGGGGGAGAGCGAGAUCGACCAGCUGUUCACCAUCCAGAAGGUCCUGGGCCCACUGCCCCCCGAGCACAUGAAGCUCUUCUACAGCAACCCCCGCUUCCACGGCCUCCGGUUCCCUGCGGUGAACCACCCCCAGACUCUGGAGAGGCGGUACCUGGGUCUGAUCAGCGGAGCCCUGCUGGACCUGAUGAAGAACCUGCUCCUGCUCAGUCCCACGGAGCGCUUCCUGACGGAGCAGAGCCUGAACCACCACGCCUUCCAGAGCCAGCGGCCGGCGGAGCGGCCCGCCCCCUCCACCCCCACGCCCGCACGCUCCUCCAAGAGGAAGCCUCACCACGGGGACAACAGCACCCCCAGCAGGAGCCACCACCGCUCCAGCAGCAGGGAGUGUUCGAGCCUCCCCCGGCACGAGGAGCUCCACCCCCACGCCGACUCCUUCCACAACGGCAGCGCCUCCGCCAGCCUGAGCCCCACCCUGCACCCCAAGAGCUACCAGCCCCCGCAGGGCUACGGGCCCCCCGCCGAGCUGCCCCACCUGGUCACCGCCAGCGAGCCGCGCCAGGCCAAGCCCGACUUCGAGGCCUCCAACCUGGGCAUGAAGGCCUCCGACGGCCCCGGGGCCAAGUACCUCAAGUCCAACUCGCGGCUGCAGCAGAACCGCCACUCGCUGGUGGAGGGCAAGGGCGGCACGGCGCAGGAGAAGCACGCCCGGCACGGCUACAAGGAGGCGCACGGCCUGCUGCCCCCCGCCUCCUCCUCCUCGCGCUUCGCCUUCCUCAACCUGUCCAAGAGCCACGGCACGCUGAGCGACGCCAAGUCGGUGGGCAACCUGAGCGAGGUGCACCUGCUGGGCGACGAGCCGUCCCCGCGCUACUUCCCCUCGUCCUGCCUGGACCUGACGGCGCCCGGCAGCCCGCUGACGCGCCGCAACGACCGGCUGGCCCACGCCGGCCGCGGCAGCACGCGCUCCGAGCGCGAGAGCAACACGCUGGACUCGGCCUACCGCCGCGCCUCCUCCCGCCACAAGGCGUCGGAGGAGGGGCGCUCCCCGGACGCCCUGGACCCGGGGGAGGGCGGGGGCGGGGGAGGGGGAGGGGGGAGCCACGGCCACUCCCUCUCCGCCCCCCACGACCCCCUGGGGUACGGCCAGGGCUACACCAGCCCCUUCUCCUCGCAGCAGCGGCCGCACCGCCACUCUAUGUACGUGCGGCGGGACCACCAGCGCCCCCACGGCGCGGAGGAGGGGCUGGCCCCGGCGCCCGGCCUGGCCAACCGGGCCAGCAGCCUGCAGAUGCUCUCGCCCCAGCUGCAGCACCGCUCGCUGCCCCGCCACCCCGGGGGGCGGCCGGAGGAGGAGUCCAGCAGGAGCGAGCAGGCGCCCCUGGACUCCGCCCACUCUGCCAGGCCUCCAAUCAGGGACUCCACCCGGGAUAACUCCGCCUCCUUUCACAUUCAGCGGCAGAAAAGCGAGGUGGGGAUGUACCACGAGCAGCAGGAAGACUCGUCCAAGGAGAACCGCAUCAUCUACAGCGACUCCAUGCCCCGGAGGGUGGGCAGCUUCUACCGAGUCCCAUCGCCGCGCCCGGAGAACUCCUUCCACGAGGGGCGGGGUCAGAGCCGGGGUCAGGGCCGGGGGCCCGGCCUGUCUGGGGAGGGGAGCACGGGCUCCAACCACUCCAAACGCCAGACCGCCUUCGACCCCUGGUGAAUAGGCCUCUGAGAUCAUACUGAACGUUGUUCUGUCAGUCUACUGCUCCUUUAACGUUGU